AUAGAAAACCGCGGUCAAAACAAAAUAUCGUGAACACAUGUUGCAAACACUUGAUUCGAAAAAUUAAUUUGCAAGCAUGGAUAUCGCUUUAAAUAUAGCAACAGUACCUUCACCAACGCGAAGCGUACCUACUCCUGUGAAGAAGAAAACUUUCUCUAGAGGCACUGCGUCGAGCAAUGAAGGAUUCACGUUUUCAUUUGGCGGUGCACAGCAUAAAGUAAAAGCCAUUGUAGCACGUAAGCGGCCAGCUAAAAGGCCUCAAUCUUCCAACGUUAGCAAACAAACACCUUCAGUUAAACUCGGAGUGCAAAAGAUAGUACAAAAUGGGGAUAAUAUGGUUAGUUCAAGUAUUUCCCAGAAGAGGGAGCAACAAAAUUCGUUUAAGAGCAAGCCUCCAAAUAUCGAUGAUGGGCUUAUUCUUAAUAUUACGACCGAUUCUGCUCCAAUCAUACGGCCCAAACCAAAGCCCAAAUUAAGUCAAGCUGAGCGUUUGCGAAACAAGGCUAUGCAGACUAAGGAGCGUAAUUCAAAUGAAUUUUCAAAAAUAAAGGGUAAAAAUGCGAAUAAAUUUUCGGAUCGGCGAAGGCACCCUAACGAUAAAAAUGAAGAAAACGAAAAGAGCGGAGAAAAUGACCAGCAAAAUGGAGUGAAUUUAAUAGCACGAAAAGCCAACGCAUUCCGAGUUGUGCGCCUGUGCGACAAGUCAGUGAAAAAAGUAGGACUCUUUUCAAAUAGUCCAGAUACACCGGUUAUGGGUCAACGUUUUGUGAAACCAAUAACAGAACGACUUUUUGAUGGCACAAAAGUUGACACUUUAAAAAUUCAUCCACAUGCCGUAAAGAAUUUGGCUGACAUCUUGAGUAUUGUCGAGCUUACUACAGUACAGAAGAAAACGAUUCCCUUAGCGCUUGAAGGUAAAGACUUACUUAUUCGCUCGCAAACUGGCUCCGGCAAGACUCUGGCUUAUGCUUUGCCCGUAGUCGAAAAGCUACAAGAUGUACGACCGAAAAUUACACGCGACGCAGGAGUGCUAGCAGUAAUCAUUGUGCCUACUCGCGAAUUGGCCAUGCAAACAUACGAGCUUUUCCAAAAAUUGGUGAAACCAUUUACUUGGAUUGUACCUGGUGUAUUGAUGGGCGGUGAGCGGCGCAAGGCAGAAAAGGCGCGUAUACGUAAGGGCAUAAACAUAUUAGUUGGUACGCCAGGUCGCGUGCUUGAUCAUUUGCUGCACACAGAGACGUUCAAGGUGCAUAAAACACAAUGUUUAGUGUUAGAUGAAGCGGAUCGCCUACUGGAAAUGGGUUACGAACUUGAUGUUAAACAAAUCGUCGAAUUAAUUGAUACACAACGAUCCAAGUCUGUGGAGGAAAACAAAGAUACUGUGCCGCACCUACAACGCUUGUUGCUGUCUGCAACGCUCACCGCUAAUGUACAACGAUUGGCCGGUCUCACCCUUAAAGAACCUAUUUUCGUUGACAACAGCGAUGAGGCUGUCACAAAUACCAAACCGAAAACGAAAGGCUAUAUAAAGAGCGACAUUGCAGCCCAAAAUUCAGAUAUGCAGGAUGAUGGCGAAGAUACGUCUAUAAUGACUAUUCCGGAAAAUUUAAAGUUAAAUUUUGUAGUUGUUCCUCCCAAGCUGCGCCUAGUUACCUUGUGCGGUAUUUUGACUAAUGAGUUUAACCGAAAACAGCGUUUAAAGGCAAUCGUUUUUAUGAGUACCAUGGAGAUGGUAAACUAUCAUCAUGAUUUACUGAAUGAGUUGCUGACUGAAAAAGUUCUUGACGACGAGGACAAAGAAGUUGUCAGAGACGAAGAUGAUAGUGAAAGUGACCAAGAAACAGCGCUGCUGAAAGGCUUGCGAUUCUUUAGAUUACAUGGUUCCAUGUCGCAGACUGAACGUCAAGGUGUGUUCAACGGUUUCCGCGAAUGCAAGUCGGGUGUACUGUUGACAACGGAUGUGGCAGGACGUGGUGUGGAUGUCCCCAAAGUGGAGCUUGUCGUUCAAUAUUCACCGCCCCAGAAUAUUGCCGAUUUCGUGCAUAGAGUGGGACGCACUGCACGUGCUGGUCAAAGUGGGCAAGCGCUUUUGCUCCUCACACCCUCUGAAGCACAGCUUGUACGUUUCCUAGAGGAUCAUCGUAUCAGAAUAUCACAAGUCGACAUGGAGAUUUAUUUAAAAACUCUUAAUGAAAAGGACGAUGAUGCGACGACAGUACAAGAGGCGGCAUCAAACCUUCAGCACAAAAUUCAGGAACUAAUAGCUGAUGAUAAGGAACUGCAUAAAAAUGCGUGUAAAGCUUUUGUGUCUUGGACCAAAUCGUAUUCAACUUUCCCAAAGGAAUUAAAACCAAUAUUUAAUAUCAAAAACGCACAUAUGGGACAUUUUGCGAAAAGCUUUGGCCUGAAGGAUCAACCCAAAACAUUUACUAAGAAACAUACGGAACCUAAGCCUCCGCCGCCUACAAAUCGUUUGACAUACACAGAGAGAGAUCCCGAAAAAAUUAAAACGGAGAAACGUGCCAAAAAGCGUCGCUUUACUACCACAGUGACCAAUGAAGUACGCGAUAGCAAUCGCCCACAGAGCAAUAAACUGGUAAAAAUGCUACCAGUGUCUCGAGCCCUCACUACGUCCGAGUUUGACAGUGGUUUACCAGCGCAGAAGAAGCGGAAGAAAGCUUGAUGUUUUCAUUUUAGUGUUACUAUUUUUAUGUAUGCAGAUUAUUUAUAAGUACAUAAAAAUGUGGAUUGUUAA